AUGAGGGGGGGCUCAUCUGGCCGCCUUUGCGUUCGCCUGCCGCGCCGCAUCCCCGGACCCAUCUUGUUCAUUAACCAGAAGGGGGAGAUACUCAUCUGGCGCGCGUACAAGGACAAUGUGAGCAGAGUAGAUUGGGCGAAUUUCUCCAGCCAGGUUGUCGCUGCGAAGGAGAACCGCGACAAACCAGUGCAUGCUAUUAACGGCUGCCACUUUGUCUUCAUAACAGUGGGUGAUGUGGUGAUCACCGCGGCGACGAAGGACAACGUCAACGUCGUGUUGGUCCUGAAAUUGCUCUACAAGAUGGUGGAGCUGUUCAGGUCUUACUUUGGCGGGACGUUUGACGAGAACCAGGUCCGCCAAAAUUUCGUGCUCAUCUACGAGCUCCUGGAUGAGAUCAUCGACUACGGCUACCCGCAGAUCCUUGAGGUUGACGUGCUUAAGAGGUAUAUCACGCAGGGCGGUGCCAGGUCAAUCGACCUGAACGACCAGGAGCAGCUCAAGAAGAUCACCGUGCAGGCAACAGGAGUGUGCUCGUGGCGGGCAGAGGGCAUCAAGCAUAAAAAGAACGAGGUGUACAUAGACGUGGUCGAAAACGUCAACAUACUGAUCUCAGCUAAGAAGGAACGGUUGAGAGCCGAUGUGUCUGGGCAGAUCUUAGUCAAAUGCAUGUUGUCAGGCAUGCCCGAGUGCAAGUUCGGUAUGAACGACAAAUUGAUCUCAUCGAGCGAGCGUGGUAAGGGCCCCGUCCCAGGCAUAGCAAUGGAUGAUUACCGUUUCCACCAGUGUGUCCGCCUCUCAAAGUUUGACGUUGACCGCGAAAUCACAUUCAUUCCGCCCGAUGGCUCAUUCGAGCUCAUGACAUACCGUAUUACUGAGAAUAUCGAGAGCCCGUUCAAGUUGAUGCCAGACGUGAAGAUGAUGGGCCGCAACCGAUUGUCUAUGAGUUUGCAGGUCAGUUCGCUUUACGAUCAAAACAUUACUGCCACGAGCGUGAUGAUCACCAUCCCCUGUCCGAAGCACGCAGCAAGGGCCACCACACGUGCAGAUUAUGGCAAGGCGCGAUUCGAGCCAUCCCAGGGAGCCGUCGUCUGGAGGAUCAGCAAGUUCCGAGGUAAAGUAGAGUACAAGGUGGACGCCGACGUGGAACUUGCGGACCGCGUGACAGAUAAGCAGUGGGUUCGGCCGCCGAUCACGAUGAGCUUCGACGUGCCACAGUUCACCGCCAGCGGGUUGAGAGUUCGCUUCCUGAAGAUUCAGGAGAAGAGCAACUAUAAGCCAAUCAAGUGGAUCAGGUAUCUCACCAAAGCAGGAUCGUUCCAGCACCGUAUAUGA